CACUCCAAACCUCCAGUCCAAUACUCCCAAGAGCAUCAAUAUUUCAAGCACCCAGCAUGUCUGCCAAUUCCUCCCUCAAGCCCAUAGCCAUCUACGGCAAACACGGCCCCAACGCCCCAAAAGUCCGUAUGCUCUGCGAAGAACUCGGCCUAGCCUACGACCCGAUCGACACGCAAUUCUCCGACCUCAAAAAACCAGACUUCCUCGCCAUCAACCCCAACGGCCGCAUGCCAGCCAUCCACGACCCCAACACCGACCUGACCCUCUGGGAGUCUGGUGCCAUCCUCGAGUAUCUUGUUGAAAAGUACGAUACUGAGCAUAAGCUGAGCUUCCCGGCUGGUUCAAAAGAGGCCCAGUUGGCAAGGCAGUGGCUCUUCUUCCAAGUCUCCGGGCAGGGGCCGUAUUAUGGGCAGGCGGUAUGGUUCACAAAGUACCACCCAGAGCAGCUUGCGAGUGCGCAGGAGAGGUACUAUCGCGAGAUCGAGCGCGUGACCUCUGUUCUCAACGGCCAUCUUGAGAAGCAAGAGAAAGGUGCCGAUGGGCCAUGGCUGGUCGGCGGAAGGUUCUCGUAUGCGGAUCUGGCGUUUGUGCCGUGGCAGGCUAUUACUCAGCAGGUGUUGGCGGAUAAGGUGGAUGUGAGCGCGUAUACGGAGGUUGAGAGCUGGUUGGACAGGCUGCGUGCGCGUGCAGCGAUUAAGAAAGUUGUUGAUGAGUUUCCGGGUGGGAAGUAAGGGCUCGGAUAGGAGGGGAAGCAUUGUAUGUAGGCAUGGCAAGCCAUUGUUAUGUAGCCUUUGCCUUGCCGUUAACCGUCCCAUUCCCA